AUGGACUGUCAGCUCUAUCACUUUCACUACAUUAAUGAGAAUAAGAACUGGACUGAAGCUCAGCAGUACUGCAGAGAGAAACACACUGACCUGUCCACAGUGACUAACAUGAAGGACAUGAAGAGACUCAUCAGUAUCUCACUAAGAGGCAUAAAUGAAGCUUGGAUUGGUCUCCGUGAUCAAACAAAUGCAGAGAGAUCAUGGCACUGGUCUCUGCCUGAAGUGGAGUUUAAUGAAAGUGAGACAAACUGGGAAAAAGAUGAACCAAAUAAUCUCCAACCUGGAGGCCAAAACUGUGUGAUUAUAUGGAAAGAUGGCUCUAAUUUUCUCAAGUGGGGAGAUUUAUCCUGUAAUGAAUAUCAUCCAUUUAUCUGCUAUAGUGAAAACAGUUCAUCACAGAAAUACCACUUGAUUUAUGACUCAAAGAACUGGACAGAAGCUCAGAGUUACUGCAGAGAGAAACACACAGACCUGAUCAGUGGAAUGAAGCAGCUACAGGAUGGAGAAGUGAACAAUGGGUUAAAUUUAAUGACUGCAAAUUCAAGGUACAUAUUUAUCGGUCUGUUCAGUGACACCUGGAGGUGGUCAGAUGGAAACAGUUCCUCCUUCAGAAACUGGAAUCUACAGUUUGAUUAUCAGAUAAUCAACAGUGGUCAAUGUGCCGUGACUGUGUUUGAUGAUGGAGGCAGAUGGAAGAAUAAGAACUGUGAUGAAAGAAAACCCUUCAUCUGUUAUGAUGGUGAACUGACCCUGAUCAAAGAAAAUAAAACCUGGCUGGACGCUUUAUCCUACUGCAGAACUCGCCAUCAUGACCUGGUCACCAUCACCAACCAGGAUGAUCAGAGAUGGAUCCAGGAGAAAGUCCAGUUUGCCUCGACUCCUUUUGUCUGGACAGGACUGCGCUACAACUGCAUUCAGUCUUUCUGGUUCUUUGUCUGUCCUGAUGUGAACUGGACAGAAGCUCAGAGUUACUGCAGAGAGAAACACACAGACCUGAUCAGUGGAAAGAAGCAGCUACAGGAUGGAGAAGUGAACAAGAUGUUAAAUUUAAUGACUGCAAAUUCAAGAUACAUAUUUAUCGGUCUGUUCAGUGACACCUGGAGGUGGUCAGAUGGAAACAGUUCCUCCUUCAGAAACUGGAAUCUGAAGUUUGACAAUCAGAUAAUCAACAGUGGUCAAUGUGCCGUGACUGUGUUUGAUGAUGGAGGCAGAUGGAAGAAUAAGAACUGUGAUGAAAGAAAACCCUUCAUCUGUUAUGAUGAUAACGUGAUCCUGAUCAAAGAAAGUAAAACCUGGGAGGACGCGUUGACCUACUGCAGAGAUCACCACCAUGACCUGGUCACCAUCACCAACAUGGAUGAUCAGAGAUGGAUCCAGGAGAGAGUCAAGGAGGCAUCGACUGGUUAUGUCUGGAUUGGACUGAGCUACGCCUGCACUCUGGAUUUGUGGUUCUGGGUCAGUGAUGAGGUGGUCAGUUACAACAACUCGGCCCAAAAUGAACCGAUGGACGACUGUGACAUGUCUGGAGCCAUGGAGAAAGGAGGAAAGCACCUAUGGUUUAAAAAAAAUGAUACUGAGAAGUUUAACUUCAUCUGUUCUAAGAAUACGCCAGGAGAAUAAGUGUGAAUGCUGACAAGUGUCAGUAUCAUAAUGAAAUGAUUGAUGUUUUAUUUUACAUAUCUCAUAUGUAAAUAAUUUUUACCCAAGCAAAAUGGUAAAGUCUAUCCUUUACUAAUGAAACCUAAUCCUAUUGAAAGUUUCAUUAGGAUUAGGUUUGAAAAAGAUCUGAUGUUUUGAUUUCUACUGUUUGUAUUUUUCUCAGGCUAUCUAGACUGCACUCUUCUUUUAAUGGUCACUAUCAUAAAAUAUUUUGUUCAGUAUGCUUGAA